AUGUCACUAGAGGUCCACCCAGCGUCCCCCACCGACGCGCGCGAACUCGCGCAAGUCUUCUACGCCAGCUUCCGUAGCGACUUCGACACAACCAUGUUCCCUAACACGCCAGACGUGACGGAAUGGUGGGAAAAAUAUUUCACCGCCGGCAUCACGCGCUCAAUUGCAGGCGAGACCCACGAUGUAUUCCUCAAGGUGACGGAGGGGUCGGAGAGUGGCGGGAUUGUCGCGUUCGCGAAAUGGAAGUGUCCCGCGACGGCUGCAGAUCGCGAUCGGCACGAGGAACAGAUCGUGUGGCCUCCUAGUAGUGAUAAGGAACUUUGCGAUCGGUUUUUCACUGGUACGGGGGCGCGGCAUGAGAAGUGGAUGGGGGAGAGACCUCAUUAUUAUCUGGAUAUGCUAGGUGUUCACGCUUCCUACCAGGGCAAGGGACUGGGCUCGAAGCUCCUCAAAUGGGGUCUCACACGCGCUGAUGCUGAAGGUUUGGAGGUUUAUCUGUCUGCGUCUCCUGCAGGGCAACCCUUGUAUGAGAAAUAUGGAUUCCGGGUCGUUGAUACCUUGUCGCCAUACCCCGACUACACGCAGGUGGCGAUGAUACGCUCGCCCAAUAACCAAUAG